ACUUAGCGUGUCACUCAACCUGGUAUCGGGAGACUGACAACCAGUUCAAAGCCGCAUCAAGAAGUUUGCUCAAAACACGCCAGGCUUCUCAUUACGCCAGCAAUACUAAUUUAAAUAUAGCCGAGCGAAAGUCUUGAUGUGGGUCAAGACAUUCGAUAAAUAUCGGGUCCUCGUUUGAGGUAUGCCAACUUACCGAGCCUCUGUCAAGUUGAAUCAUGCCUUCUACUAGGUCAUCUCCCGUUUAUGCCAGCUCCGCCUCUCCUGCUUAUGAGUCAUAUACUCCUUCCUCUUCUUCAUCCUCUUCCGAGAACAUCAUCUACAGCGGCACAUCCUCCUCCUACACACCACCGCGCAAGGCAUGGGUAGACCCCAAGAGCUUGGCCAACGGUGGGGAUGCAUCCCAGAUACAGGGCAAUGUAUCUUCCUACGUCAAGCAACUUAUCCUCAAUACAUUCAUGGCGUACGGGGCCGGUGACGAACACUGUUUUGGUCAUUCCGUUGCCAAGGCAGUGAAGUUCAUUGACAUCAGCGCCCAUGAAAGCUACGAAAAACAAGGUCGCAUGGAGGCAACGACCGUUGCAGAAGUUCUUGUUUCAAAAAGCAUGUUGAAUGGCGCGGGAAUGCUCCAUGGAGGUUGUGUGGCGUUUCUGAUUGACAACUGCUGCAGCACUCCGUUGGUUGCUCUGGGACUCAUACAAAACAUUAAUGGAGUGGGAGUCACUCAGGCGAUGAACAUUAUGUUCCACUCCCCUGCACCAGCGUACGUUAGUAUGGCCAAUUCCUAUUGCUACUCACUCACUCUUAUCACUAGUGGAUCGUGUUUGCGUAUCACCAGCACUUCAGUCGCUAUGGGUAGCCGAAUCAUGAGCGCUCGAUGCGAGGUUUGUUUUCUUGAUCAAUUGAUUGACGAUUGAUUAAUCAAUUUAUCCAGGUCAUUAACAAGAAAACAGGCAGCGUAGUUGCCUCAGCAUACCUUAACAAAAUGCAACCCACCAUUUCAAAGCUUUGAUGGUUUCGUCUCUUUCCUGUUAUAGACUCUUGGCAGACACUGUAUCGAAAGCAAUCUCUCCUCGCAUGUACCAAACUAAGUAUAAUCAAUAGGCUUGUACGAUCAUAGAUACUGUAUCUAUUGGGAUUUCAUGGUGGUACAUACAGGUACAUAGACACAUUUAGACACGAUAGGUACUAUCCAACAACCUAGAUGGGACAGGCUGCAGUAUUAUUUCCAACUACAAUGUGAUGAUAUUUUCCUCCCUAUGCAUUUUAAAAGUCGAUUCUCGAUGAAGUGAUUUCUAAAAGGUCACCAAGUCUUAAAGUCGCUCUC